UAUAUUUAUAUGUAAGGUUUAGUUAACUACUACGGGUCCCUAUAGCUAUAUAUAUAUAUUUAUAUAUAAAUUGUAGUGCCAUCGAAUUCUCAUUUCCACAAAAAUCACAAAACAAACACAUUAUUUCUUGAAUAACGACUUUGUAAUCAGAGAAAAAGAUAAGAUCAUCAUGACCAUAUUAAAGCUGUUACUACUGCUUUCUUUCUUGUUUCCGGCAAUGGUUGACUGUUUGGUUCGUCACUACAAUUUCAGAGUUGUAUUGACGAAUACGACAAAGCUUUGCUCAACUAAACCCAUUGUGACCGUCAACGGCCAUUUUCCAGGUCCAACUCUCUACGCAAGGGAAGACGAUAACGUGAUCGUAAGGGUCACAAACCACGUUGCAUACAACCUCACUAUUCACUGGCAUGGAAUCAGACAACUCCAAACAGGUUGGGCUGAUGGUCCAGCAUAUGUGACCCAAUGCCCAAUACAGCCAGGGAAAAACUUUGUCUACAACUUCACGCUAACAGGCCAAAGGGGGACUCUACUUUGGCACGCCCAUAUCUCCUGGCUAAGGGCCACAGUCCACGGCGCCAUUGUCAUUUUACCCAAGAAAUCCCUUCCUUACCCUUUUCCAAAACCUCACAGGGAAAAGAUCAUCAUAUUAGGUGAGUGGUGGAAAGCAGAUGUUGAAGCUGUGGUGAACCAAGCCACGCAAGCUGGUAUGCCACCCAAUGUCUCCGAUGCUCACACCAUUAAUGGCUUUCCAGGACCUUUUCCAAAUUGUUCUUCUCAGGGUUACACUCUACAUGUCAAAAGUGGGAAGACAUAUCUGCUACGCAUCGUAAACGCAGCCCUAAACGACGAGCUCUUCUUCAAGAUCGCCGGCCACAACCUAACCGUCGUCGAAGCCGAUGCCGCGUACACCAAACCCUUCGAAACAGACACCAUAUUUGUGAGCCCAGGUCAAACCACAAACGCCAUUCUCAAAGCAAACCAACCCAUUGGCAAGUACUUAAUAGUGAUUUCACCCUUCAUGGACGCCCCAAUAGGCUUUGACAACUCCACCUCAUCCUCCACAUUACGAUACAAACUCGAUUAUAAUACUACUACUCCAUCAAAUCUCGAAACCACAACAAUCUUAACCACCAUUCCACCUCAAAACGCAACCCCAAUAACAAAAACAUUCAUGGACUCCCUCAAAAGCCUAAACUCAAUCCAAUACCCGACCAAAGUCCCGUUGAUCGUUGACCACUCUCUCCUUUUCACUAUAGGAGUUGGACUCAACCCAUGUGACACGUGUGCCAGCGGGUUCAAACUGGUGGGAAAUAUAAACAACGUUAGCUUUGUCAUGCCAUCUAUUGCUCUUCUAGAAGCACAUUAUCACAACAUCAAGGGCAUUUUCACCGAUGAUUUUCCGGUGAAGCCGCCGGUGGCUUUCAAUUAUACGGGGACAUCUCCGGCGAAUAUUCAGACCAUGAAUGGGACGAGGCUUUACAGGUUGAGUUACAAUUCGAGUGUACAGAUUGUUUUGCAGGGUACGGCUGUCAUAGCACCCGAGAGCCACCCAACCCAUUUGCAUGGAUUCAAUUUCUACGUGAUUGGAAGUGGAUUGGGUAACUUUGACCCGGUGGAGGAUCCGAAAUGGUUUAAUCUUGUUGACCCGGUUGAGAGGAACACUAUUGGAGUACCAACUGCUGGAUGGACUGCUAUCAGAUUCAGGGCAGAUAAUCCAGGCAUUUGGUUUUUGCACUGCCAUUUAGAGGUGCACACGACUUGGGGUUUGAAGAUGGCAUUCAUAGUGGAUAAUGGUUUUGGCCCAAAUGAGUCUUUGCCACCACCGCCUAAUGACCUUCCACAGUGCUAAAACUUGUUCAUAUAUAUCAUACGCCUGCAAAUAUCAAAGCUUUCAUUUCAUUCGAGAGUAGAAGAGUGGGUUAUUAUACGUGGUGGAGUAAAUAAACAUCAAAGGAAGAAAAAAAAACAAAUUUGUUUUCUUGGAGAUAGGAAUGAAUAAAGAGAAACAGAAAUUAUUAUUUUUGUAAAUGAGAAAAGAAAAUUAAGGAAUUUAGUUGUGAUGUACAAUAUUUGGAAUGUAUUGUAUGGUUGUGGUAUUUUAGGAAGUAAGGCAGUUUCCUUUUGAGUGUGGAAAAGAAAUUUUUAUGUUUGGAAAAAUUCUGAUAUUUCAGAUCAGAAAGGGUUUUGAUUUUGAACUUUGUUCUUAAUGUUUGACCAAAAAUAAUGUCAUGCCAGCCUGUUGAAAAGUCAAAAGUACAAAGUAUGCUGUAUAUCAAAGAUUUGGGUUCUAAAAAGGUGAAAUUGCGCGCCAGAUAGGGGUCGAACCUAUGACCUUCUGCUUAGGAAACAGACGCUCUAUCCACUGAGCUACAGGCGCUUGGUUUGAUUUUAUUGUAAUGUAAAUUUUACUUAUAUAUUGAAACAUGACAAAGACC